UUUUGGACAUAUUUUGGUUUAUCGAAUUGUGUGAAUGGUAUUUUCACAUGGUGAUAUUGAUUAGCUCAUCAAAUUUAGCAAAAUAUUUUUAAGAUUUUCAAUAAAAUUAAGUGCUCAAUGUGAAUUUGUGUUUCAAGCCGAAUUUAUUGAAAGUGUUUAGUUGAAUUUUUUUUAAGUAGUAAAUUCAAGAUAUUUUUUUUAGUAAAAUAAAAUUGGUUUGAAAAUAAACAAAAAAAUGUCGAGUUCGUUGAGUGAAUUGCGUAAUUUUCGAGUGAAUAAAGGUAUGAAUGGAGCCAGUGGUUCGUCGAAUAAAUUGGCAACGGGACGUAAGAGGAUCCGUGCAAUGAGUGACAGUUCGGAUGAUGAACACGCAAAGAAAGCAUCAUCACCACAAAAACCAACACAAAAUGGCACUGCUAAAACGGGACUAACUACCAAAGAUAAAGAAGAACGAUACAAAAUAUUUCGCGAGAUUAUCGAUCAAACUGUAGAUUCAUUGACUUUACAAGAUUUUCUCAUAAGAAAUGAUUGGGAUGUUCAGAAAGCGUACGAUGCAAUACUCGAAAAUCCAAAGUAUAAAAACACUAGUACACAGGCCAGUCCUGAUUUCCGACCAAAGCCAAAUGCUUCGCUGAACUCUUCAUUAAAUUCACCCAAUAAGGAAGUUCACGCGGCUCCAACGCCAAAACCCAAGCAUAAAAAACGUCGUGUAAAGCAUAACGAGUCAGGCGGUAGCAGUGGCGAUGAUAAUCAUCGUCAAUCGAGUCGUGUAUACGACAGUGAUGAAGAUAGUGAUGCUGAAACAACAUUUGUAAUGACAAAAGACCGAAAGAAAGUGUUGGAAUUCUUGAACACCGGCACAACUGGCGAAAUGAUGGCCGUGAAAAGUUUAUCGGCGAAAAAAAUUGACAUACUUCUACCAUUGCGACCAUUCACCGAUUGGACCGAUUUAUUGUACAAAAUUGAUACGCACAAAUUACUGUCGAUGGACAUGUUGAAUUCAGCUCAAGAAUAUUUGAAUCAGCGCAAUAACAUGGAUCGCAUUAUGAAAAAGUGCAAAAAAUUGGUGCACAAAUUGGAAGAGGCUGUAUCGAAAGGCGACAAAGUGGUGAAACAACCAUCAUUAUUGAAUCAUGAUCUUAAGUUGGCCGACUAUCAACUAGUUGGAUUAAAUUGGCUUGCAAUUAUCCACUCACAGAAGAUGAAUGGAAUUCUUGCUGAUGAAAUGGGCCUUGGAAAGACAAUUCAAGUGAUUGCAUUUUUGGCGUAUUUGAAAGAAACCAAUCAAUCGUGUGGUACACAUUUAAUUGUCGUUCCAUCAUCGACCUUAGACAAUUGGGAUAACGAACUGGCCAAGUGGUGUCCAGCGUUAAUUGUUGAAAAAUAUUACGGUAGCCAACAUGAACGUCGUUCGUUGCGUAUUCAAUGGUCGAAGGGUGGAUUGAAAGGUGUUGAUGUUUUGCUUACAACAUAUCACAUGGUUGCUUCAACGCCAGAAGAACGAAAAAUGUUCCGGGUCACAAAAAUGCAUUACGUUAUUUUCGAUGAAGCGCAUAUGUUAAAGAACAUGACCACACAACGAUACAUUCAAUUGGCUCAGAUAAAUGCCGAAAACCGUUUGUUACUCACCGGAACACCGUUGCAAAAUAAUUUACUCGAAUUGAUGUCAUUAUUGUGCUUCGUCAUGCCGUCAAUGUUUGCCAACAAUACCGAUGACAUAAAAAAUCUGUUUCAGAAAACCAAACAACUCAAAGGCGAAGAAUUGUCGGAAUUUGAAAGGAAUCAAAUUGAACAAGCAAAACAGAUUAUGAAACCGUUUGUGUUGCGUCGUUUGAAAGAUGUUGUUCUGACCUGUUUGCCGGAGAAAAAAGAUGUUGUUGUCAAGGUGCCGUUAACUGAAUCACAGAAAGAAAAUUACAUGGAUUUGGUGCAAUUGUAUUCGAGCGACGACGGUAUCGUACAAGCGACAAACGAACAAAAAGGCAUUUCAAUAAUGAUGGAUAUGAGAAAACUGGCCAAUCAUCCACUUCUAUUGCGUUAUUAUUACAGCGAUGAAAAAGUCCAUGAAAUCGCCGAAAUUCUAUCGCGUCAUCCAAAUUACAAAAAGAAUCGCAAUCCACAAUAUGUAUUCGAAGAAUUGGCCUAUCUAUCUGAUUUUCAACUCUAUAAAACAUUGCAAGACUAUGACAUAACCGGUUUCAAAAUUCCCGAUCGUUUGAUUGUCGAUUCGGGUAAAUUUCGUGAGCUAGAUCGUUUGUUGCCGCAACUAAAAGCGGAUGGUCAUCGUGUGCUUAUUUUCAGUCAGUUCACAAUGAUGCUGGACAUUUUGGAACAAUAUCUGGAUAUUCGAAAUCAUCAGUACUUGCGUUUCGAUGGGCAGACGGCCGUUGUUGAACGACAAACCAUCAUCGAUGAAUACAUUGCAAAUGAAGAUAUUUUUGUAUUUCUGCUAUCGACCAAAGCCGGUGGUUUGGGAAUUAAUUUAAUCGCAGCCGACACCGUUAUUAUACAUGACAUCGAUUUCAAUCCGUACAAUGAUAAACAGGCCGAAGAUCGGUGUCAUCGUAUGGGCCAAACAAAACCAGUGACAAUUUAUCGUUUCAUUGCCGAGGGAACAAUCGAAGAGGGAAUGGCAAUGGUGGCCAAAGAGAAACUCAACUUGGAACGUGAAGUAACAACCAACGAUGAGACGGACGAAAAUGGCGAAUCAAACGAACAAAAUCACAAAUGUAUGGUACGAAUUUUGACCAUGGCUUUGGGCAUGAAAGAUCAAAAUCGAGCCGAAAACAUGAUUUCACCCGUCAAAAAAAUGGCAAUUAGUUAAUUUAGAUUGAAUUUCUCUAUUCCAACCACCUCCGUUCAUACACUUUUAUUUCUUCUUUUUUGUUCCUUUUUUUGUAAGUUUAUUCACAUAUUUUAUUUGUCAAUGUUAAAAAAAACCAAGCCCAUGUUUUUCAAUUCAUUUCAAACGUUCGAAUUUAGAAGUAAUUUACAAUAUAGAAUUGUGAUAGCUGAUAUUUUAUCGGAGCUAUUUAAAUGAUUACAAUAGCAAGGAUUAAUUUAUUUUUUUAUAAGUAAAAGAACACUGAAACAACACAUUUUUAAAAAAAGAAUAAUUCUCACCAUUUCACACCCCAAAAAAUGAAUACACAGAUAAAAUAAAACCGAAAAUACAUAACAUUGUUCAGACACGAA